UUUCUAGUUGGCCAUCCCUGAAAAGCCAACCACAUGGCUGGAAUUUAGCCUUUACUAGCCAACUUCAUGGUAUUCUGGUAAACUCUUAUCUGGGAAGGAACUAAGGCUAUUACAGAUCAAAGUAGUUUUCUUCCUUAAGAAACUACCCAAGGCACCACAAGAGAGUCGUCUUCUUCUUCAGCUACCUACAGGACAUAGUACAAGGCUUUGCAUUUCAAUUCUUCAACCACUCUUCCCUUUUCUGACUCCUGUUCUGUCUCUAAAUGUGGUAGUAAAAGAGAAUACAAAGUCAAGUGCUCAAGAGGGGAAGAUGCAUCAAAGAAGAAAAGUGUCAGUGAAGCAUCAGGUCAUGGACUUCCCAAGAGCUCUAAUUACGAUCUUUCAUGGAAAGGGGACAAUGGCAUCCUGGCCCUUCUCUAGGCGGUGGAGAGUCUCUGAUCCUAUUCUGUUCCAAGUGACCUUAGCUGCUGCUCUGUUGGCUACUGUUCUUGGCAAAUGUGGUCCUCCACCUUAUUUACAAUUUGCUUCUCCAAUAAGUGAGUUGAAUGAGACAGAGUUUGAAACUGGAACUACUCUGAAAUACAACUGCCGCCCUGGAUACCGUAAAAUUACUGCAAAAAAUCAUGUUCUUACCUGUGAAUCAAGAGGCACAUGGAACUACAUUGAAUUCUGUGUCAAGAAACAAUGCGGAAAUCCGGGAGAAUUACUUAAUGGGCAAGUGAAAGUUAAGACAGAUUACUCUUUAGGAUCACAAAUAGAAUUCAGCUGUUCAGAAGGAUAUGUCUUAGUUGGUCCAACCACUAGUUACUGUGAAAUCCAAGAAAAAGGAGUUGGCUGGAGUGAAUAUCUCCCCAGAUGUAUGAUUGUCAAGUGUGAGCCUCCUCCAGCUAUCAGCAAUGGGAAGCACAACGGUGGAGAUGAAGACUUCUACACGUAUGGCUCUUCUGUCACCUACAGCUGUGACUCUGACUUCUCAAUGUUAGGCAAAGCCUCCAUUUCUUGCUCGGUGGAAAAUGAAACAAUAGGUGUUUGGAGUCCAAGCCCUCCUAUUUGUAAAAAAAUCAAUUGUCUUCAGCCAGUGGUUAAAAAUGGAAAAAUAACCUCCGGAUUUGGACCCAUCUAUGCUUAUAAAGAGUCUAUUUUAUUUGGAUGCGAUAAAGGUUUUCGCCUUAAAGGCAGCAAUUUAAUCCAUUGUGAAGCUGAUAGCAACUGGAGUCCUCCUCCUCCCAUUUGUGAACUGCAUGGUUGUGCUGGCUUGCCAAACAUCCCCCAUGCCACCUGGAGAAGAUAUAGCUACUCCCUGCCUACAGAAGAAGUGUAUGGUGUUGACACUGUGAUGAGUUACUACUGCCUUUCUGGCUAUAGACCCAAGACAAGUGGGUCUCUGACUGUGACUUGUCAGGAAGAUUUCAAGUGGUCUUCAUACAUAGAAUGUGUGGAGGUAUGUUGCCCAGUACCAGACGUGGAUCAUAUCAGCAUCACCUACAGGAAGAAAAAUCAGUCUGCCAAUCACUGUACCUAUUACUCUGGAGAUAAGAUUUCAUAUACAUGUAAUAACAAUGAGAAAGUUAGAUAUGUAUCUUCAUGCUCAGAACAAGGCACAUGGAGGCCCAGAAUGCCAGUAUGUGAUAGAGGUUGCGAUAAUCCUCCUGUGGUUGCCCACGGACAUCAUACACAAAUUAUUACGCUAUUUGGAAUAAAAAAAGAUGAGGUUGUAUAUAAAUGUGAUGAAGGAUACACUCUGGUUGGAGAGGACAGACUCUUCUGUCAUUAUUCACGCUGGUCACCUGCAGCCCCUCGAUGUAAAGCUCAGUGUCUGAAGCCAGUGAUAGAUCAUGGAAAGUUAUCUGUGGAUCAAGAUAAAUAUACUGAGUCUGAAAUUAUCACCGUCCAGUGUGACUCUGGCUAUGGUUUGGUUGGUCCCCAAAAUAUCACUUGCAUAGAAGACAGAACCUGGCACCCACAGGUGCCCAAGUGUGAAUGGGAGUACCCCGAAGACUGUGAGCAAGUGCAUGAAGGCAAAAAACUCAUGCAGUGUCUCCCAAACCCGGAGGAGAUAAAAUUGGCCCUGGAGCUGUAUAAGCUGUCCUUGGAAAUUAAACUACUGAAGAGACAGAUAGACGAGAAAGCCGAUCUUGAGUCAUCAGUGUAAUUUUUCCCAAGAGAUGGAGGAAAAAUGUGCCUUGACACCUUUAAUCUAAUAUGGAUAAUUUCAGUUUAUCAACCGUAUUCUCUCUUUUACACUAUCAUUUAUGAUAAUUAUUAUCCAGAAAGUAUCAUUUGUUAAUCAUUACUGUUUUGAGACUGUAGCCUUAUUGAUCAGCUUCUGAUUCAUAUUUUUGCUUUUCUUGACACGGAAUACACAUUUUUAAAAUUAAAAAUUUACAUAUUAAGAAGAUUUUGUCUUCAUUGUAAUUAGGACUCGGUGAAAUGAGGUCCAUGAACAAACCCACAUAUGAAGUUAAUACAUUUAUUUUAUUGUAAG